UUCAUAUAUAAAAUCAUCAUCUUGAAUGUAUUUUAGCUAACAUCAGAGUCUGGUGUGUUCUCUAUAGUCCCUUUAUUCGAAGGCUACUGCUCCACGCUUACGGCAUAGCUCGAAUGUCGCCAUUGCGAUCACCACCUCUGUCUCAGCUAAUUAAUUACUGGCAACCAGGUUUCCUUUCCGAGCGGGCGGUUAUAUUCUUCUUAAAUCUACCAUCCGAGAACAGCAAGAGAAGAGAUGAGCAAGGAUAUAUACCCAUCGUACCCUCCAACCCUUACGGAGGAGAGGAAGAAGUUCAUCCUCGAGACCGUAAGGGACUGGUCGAUAGCACGAGGACUGGCAGUGAGGCCUCCGCCUUCCUUCGUGGAUCCUAAACAUGAUCCUACCGGUGUACUAGCAACGAGUGCCCCGGUGACACUGUUCCCGAGUUUGUUUCCUCGGUCGGCUUUUAAUGAAGCAACGUCGAUACAAAAGGCUUACAAUGAGCUGUACGCGGCCAUCACCAUGGACAAGGGCUGGCUACAGGAGAUCGUAUCUGAGAUUGCCGGCAUAGACGAGUUUGUUGGACAACUCUGGUCAGUCCAUGAAGCUGUAGCCAAGGAAGGAUAUGCUCAGGAACUGAACCUUGGAAUGUUCCGUUCAGACUAUAUGAUUCAUGUAGAAAAGGGUAAACCGGGAUUAAAACAGGUCGAAUUCAACACCAUUGCCUCGUCGUUCGGUGGCCUCUCAUCCCAAGUUUCGUCUCUCCAUAAACAUUUGCUGGCAAGCCACGCAUACCCGGACGAGAUCACUGGAGCUGUUACCGCGGAAAGCCUCCCCCCCAACCCAUCCAUCAGCGGACUCGCAUCGGGGCUGGCGGCUGCACACCGAGAAUAUACCGCGAAAUCAAACCGGCCAACUUGCGUGCUCUUCGUCGUGCAGGACCCAGAGCGAAACAUCUUCGACCAGAGACUGAUCGAGUAUGCGCUUCUGGAAGAGGCAAAAGUUCCUUCAUUCCGGCUGCCAUUUGCAGAAACGUUGAAGCAUACCAGGCUUGAGUCCGAUAGGAGUCUCACUUACACGCCGCCACACAGCCCCGAGAAGACUUACGAGGUCAGCGUGGUAUACUACAGAGCAGGAUAUGCUCCUACGGACUAUGAAUGGCCAGAAGCUUGGGAAGCUCGACUGUACCUAGAACGGAGCAGCGCCAUUAAAUGCCCCAGCAUCCUAACUCAUCUUGCUGGGUGCAAAAAGGUUCAGCAAGUCCUUGCAACGCCAGGCUCGUCGCAUCUCCAAAACUUCAUCAAAGACACGCUCGAGCUCCAGCGGGUUCGGGAAACAUUCGCACCUAUAUAUCCCUUCGACGACAGCGCGACCGGCACCAAGGCCCGAGAACUCGCCCUCAACCCCAAGACCGCGGCCCACUACGUCCUCAAGCCGCAGCGCGAAGGCGGCGGAAACAACAUCUACCGCAAGGCCAUCCCGGACUUCCUGAAAAGCAUUCCCGAGACACAGUGGCCGGCCUACAUCCUGAUGGAGAUGAUCGAGCCGCCUCCGCAGCGGAACACCAUCAUGCGGAACGGUGACGUGGAGGAGGGAGGGGUGAUAUGCGAGAUCGGCGUGUACGGCGUCUGCCUAUGGAGGAUUGCAUCGGGGGAGCAGAAGGGCGGAGAGAUAUUGCAUAGUGCCAACGCUGGGUAUUUGCUGCGGACGAAGGGCGAUCAGAGUGAGGAAGGGGGUGUCGCGGCUGGGUUCGGGGCGAUGGAUAGCUGCUCCUUGGUUGAUGUGUAGAUUAGGGAUAUCAUCUCUACGCAAUGCUAGAAGCUACGUUUGAAAAUCACUAGAAUGAACAUUGGUGACCACUCAUAGAGGAG